AUGGGGUUUUUAAUAAUGGAUAAGCUAGAUGUAUUUGCAGUAGUAAGGAAGCACUCGGUAAUACGUAUGUUAGGUCUAGACAUGGAACUUGCUGUUAUGGAUGUCCCUGUCGACCAAUACAUCUCAUGGGUUACAAAAACAUGCAAGUUUGAACUCACAUUCUCUGUGGAGGCCAUGUCCGUUGACUUCUUGCCUCUUCUAGAGCUUAUCUGGAAAGGUAAAAAAACGAUGAAGAUGGCCCAUACAGAAUUGGCUAGCAGAAAGAGAGAAACUACCGGCAGUUCGAACAUGGUACCAUUAUUGCCGUACUCUUUUGUCCAUGGUUCUAUCGCUUUUAUAUAA